CUUCUAUCUCAAUCUCCCCUCCUUUUUCUUUUUCCCGAUUACUCACCCUCAAUACGCUUUUACUUCGCAAAUCCAAUCGGACCCCAUACUCGCACAUCACCCCUGUUACCAUGUCGACUCUUGAAGAUCUGGAGGAUCUCGAACGCGAGGAGAGAGACAAGAAGAAGGACCAGGGCGAGGGUGACGGCCAGCAGCCUGGAGGGGAUGGAGAUGCUGAAAUGAAAGAUGCCGAUGUGAAGAAGAAGGAGGAGGAAGAUGAUUUACUGGAUGAGGAGAUUCUCAACUCGAGCACAGCAGACAUUGUCAAGCGGCGACGGAUGUUGGAGAAUGAGCUCCGCAUAAUGAAGAGCGAGUACCAACGAUUGACACACGAACAGAAUACUAUGCGGGAGAAGGUGAGGGACAACCAGGAGAAAAUUGAGAACAACAGGCAACUACCAUACCUCGUCGGAAAUGUCGUCGAGCUUCUGGACCUGGAUGUUGAGGCAGAGGCCGCCGAAGAAGGAGCCAACAUCGAUCUUGACGCUACCCGAGUAGGCAAGUCCGCUGUCAUCAAAACAUCGACCAGACAGACUAUCUACCUUCCUCUCAUCGGUCUGGUAGACCACGAAAAACUGAAGCCCGGUGAUCUGAUCGGUGUCAACAAGGAUUCAUACCUGAUUUUGGAUACACUACCCGCCGAGUAUGAUAAUCGUGUGAAGGCCAUGGAAGUCGACGAGAAGCCGACAGAGAAGUACACGGACAUUGGUGGUUUGGACAAGCAGAUUGAAGAGAUCGUGGAAGCCAUUGUAUGGCCGAUGAAGGAGGCAGAACGGUUCACGAAGAUUGGUAUCAAGGCACCAAAGGGUGCUCUGAUGUACGGUCCUCCUGGUACCGGUAAAACCCUUCUUGCGCGAGCCUGCGCCGCAGAGACAAACGCUACGUUCCUCAAGCUUGCUGGACCUCAGCUGGUGCAGAUGUUCAUCGGUGACGGUGCCAAGCUGGUCCGGGACUGCUUCGCUCUUGCCAAAGAGAAGGCGCCUUCGAUCAUUUUCAUUGACGAACUCGACGCCGUGGGUACCAAGCGUUUCGACUCCGAGAAGUCCGGUGACCGUGAGGUGCAACGGACCAUGUUGGAGCUUCUGAACCAGCUUGAUGGAUUUGCUUCGGAUGAUCGUAUCAAGGUCCUGGCCGCGACAAACCGUAUCGACGUCCUCGAUCCCGCUCUGCUCCGUUCCGGUCGAUUGGACCGCAAGAUCGAAUUCCCUCUACCCAACGAGGAGGCACGGGCAAACAUCCUGCAGAUCCACUCCCGCAAGAUGGCCGUGGAUGAUGGCGUCAACUGGGCCGAAUUGGCUCGAAGUACCGAUGAGUUCGGCGGUGCGCAGCUGAAGGCCGUCUGUGUGGAAGCCGGUAUGAUUGCUCUCCGGAAAGGCAUGAGCAAGGUCGGACACGAGAACUACGUGGAUGCUAUCGCCGAGGUGCAAGCCAAGAAGAAGGAUACAAACAUGGGUAUCUAUGUCUAGGGAUAUUACAUAAUCAACGUUGUUUCUCUUGUCUACAUCCCUCUUCCCCUACUCUGUCUGAUAGUCUUAAGUCGGUCAGAGCCUGUCAUAAAUAUGCAUGCGACCAUGCUCGUUUCUUAUUAUUUUGCGGUGUCUCCUAUCCACGCCUGUCCUGGCAUCUGUUUGGCAGAUAGAUGAACAGCCAUAAUGGUAUGAAUACCUCUUAUGGCCCUGGAGUGAAUAUCUAGCCAUAUACCUAGUGUGCAGCAUGUAGCAUCGACGAAUAUAUCUUUCGGAUCUCAUUAUCUGAUUGCAUUAAGCGAAU